AUACAAAACCACUUUUCUUAAUAAGCCUUUCUCUCUCAGUUGACUGAAAGAACAAAACUGACUACUGGUGCCAUCCUGAGUGAUGUAUUUUUGGCAUGCUAUCGUUCUUUCACUGCUGCAGUUUGGUUCGGUGAAUUGUUUGAGUGAGAGAGGAAAAUUAACACCAGACAAAUGUAAACUUCAAAACACCACGUGGCCGUUUAUUAACAGGGAGAAAAUCACAACUUGGGCUGGGGAGGAGCAGUUUAAUCAACUAACAGUACUAUUGGAACAAGAAACCUUUACACAACCUGAAGCAAUCUAUUUACAUUUAUUAACAAGAAACCAAAUACUGUGAAAUUAACUGCCCUGUAAAACCAGCCUAUUGCCUUUCACCACCACCUUUGCUAGCUGAAUCAUUAUAUGGAAAGAGCUUUUUUUGAGGACUGGGAGACAGGACUCCCAGUUCUGUUUCUACCUCUGCCACCCAUUCAUCACUGAGCCUGUUUAUUUCUUUCAGUUUUGUUUUAGACACAAUGUCUGCUCCAGCAUCCCAUCUGCCAGCUCCCACUGGCUACCCAAUCCCAUCAGCACCCCCAACAUAUGAAGAGACAACAGGAAUAAACACUUACCCUCCUUAUCCUGCCCCGGAAUCUGGGCAUGGACCAAACAUGAAGAGUAUGAAUCCUCCUCCGUAUCCUUCACAACCUGUUCCAGCUGCUAAUCCAAUUACAGUUCAGACUGUGUAUGUGCAGCAGCCAGUAACAUUUUAUGAUCGCCCGGUUCAGAUGUGCUGCCCCUCCUGCAACAAGAUGAUAGUGACACGUCUCUCGCACACUUCAGGAGCACUGACCUGGCUGUCAUGCGGCAGCCUCUGUCUACUGGGGUGCGUAGCUGGUUGCUGUUUCAUCCCCUUCUGUAUUGAUGCCCUCCAGGAUGUGGAUCACUAUUGUCCGAGCUGCCAAGCCCUUCUUGGUACCUACAAGCGUUUGUAGGCAAUAUCAAAUAUUGAGUGAAGAUGGAUGUUCAAGAUUGUUCAGCACCUUUUCAAGCUCUUUCUGAACUUCUUGAAGAUCUCUGUGCAUUGUCAUUGUGAAUGGAUCAAGAUUUAUCUCACUGUUCUUUUAAUAGUAAGAAUCUGCUUAGGGGGACUCAGGACUGUUAAGGGGAUAGAUAGUCUGUCACUUCACAGGCCACUUAGUCAAGUUGGUAGUGACCAAAUUUGUCCCUCUAUGGCUUAUGCAAAAUAGCUGAUGGUGUGGGUCUGGUUAAUAUUAGAAAGUUCCCCAUGUGGAUUGACACCCGUGUCACAGAGACCCAGGUCUGAGCUUGCAUGCAGGCAGACUUACCUUCUUACGCCUAGAAGUGAUGCUUCUGGGAAAGUAUUGAAGCGGGUUGGCAGGGGACUGCCUGUGAUGGUCCUAUUCUGUGGCUAAAAAGGACUUCUGGUCGCCAGUGUAGUCAAUCUGAUACCUUUUACAUGCACUAAAAUUCACUUUAAAUUUGUUUUUAAAAAAUUGCCUUUAAAAGAAACAGAACCAAAAAUAGCCUUAAGUUUUUUUGGCUUUUCCCUUAGGCUGCUUUACCAAAUCCAGCCCACUCAGGCUACCAUGCAGAUGGCUUCUCAACAUGGUCUCCCAGUUUCCUUGCUGGUUGUGAGUUCAGUCAGACCUUUAGCACUGUACAGAGUGUUUUUGUGCAGGAUUUUUUUAUAAAUAUUUGUGUGUGUAUAUAUAUAUAUUUUUUACUGCUGAGUUAUAAAUCUGUGAAAAUUAGCUUUCUGAUGGAAAUGCUGAUAGAGCCAUGGCUCUAUCAGUGUUGUCUUUCCUCUAAUAUAAUUACAUGAGCCAAAUGGUAAAUCUUUAAAAAACAAACAAAAAAAAACCCCUUAGGCCUUUAAGUUUAUAAAGCUUGGAUUCCAUCUGCAUAAAUGUUAAAAUCAAAACAACUUUUUACUUGCUAUUGGUGUAAUCUGAUCACAUCUUUUCAUUAAGAAGGUAACUUCUUUUGUUAAGGAGUUUCACUGAGUGAGUGCUAGCUGGAUAAGACUUGUAUGGUGAUAUUUCAAAUGAAAGAGAAGUUUCCAAAAUGAAAUAUGGGUAGAAUUUCCAGAGACUGAUCACAGGAAUUGAGAUUUGAGUCUCUGAAGAUUUGAAAUACUUCUCGUUAUUGGGGUAGAACUGUCUGACAGAAACUACUGCCUAACGCUGCUCCUUGUGUCAAGUAGAGCAUGAUUCCACCGCUGAAGGUUCAAAUGUGUUUGCUGUGAUUUGGUUGAAUGAGGUCUGUGUAAAAAAGCAACAUUAGAAGUUGAGUUUAAAUAUGAGCUGUGAUUGUAAAGUUGUAUUAACCCAUGAAAACAAUAAAUAUUGCAACUAUAA